AUGACCGCUGAUUCUUCCAGCAAUUCCACUGAGAAAAGUGGAGAAAACUGCAAACACCUUAAAGAGCUUUACGAUCAAUGCUUUAAUCGGUGGUUUAAGAACGACUUCCUCAAGGGAAACUUUACAGACAAGUGUAAUAUAAAACUUAAAGACUACAGGGCGUGUUUAAAGGAAUAUUUCUCUAAAAAUGGAAAUCACAAGAUAGUUGAGAUUAUAAAGAGGUUUGAUUGA